CCGAUUGCUGGCCCGAUGGAUUGCAUUACCUCCGGCCGAUAGGUGUCGCUCAGCAGGAGAUUCUGCGUUGCGCUGCGAUCAAAAUGGUGGCCGGAUGGCUGGCACGGUCAGAGCCACCGCUGGGGCCGGAGGUAGUCCGAUACAUGCUCGAUGCAGACUCACACACGUGGAGCAUGCGUCGGAGCAAAGCGAAUUGGUUCCGAAUCAUGGGUGUGCUAGCUUGGGCGGUCGGCCUUGCCCGCUGGCUCGGUGAUAUCCGUCGGUGGCGGAAUCCGGUCACGACAGUCUUAGUCCAUGUAUUGUACCUAGUCUUGGUUUGGUACCCGGAGCUUGUGGUGCCCACGGCAUCAUUGUAUGUCUUCUUGAUCGGCGCGUGGUACUACCGGUUCCGGCCAAGGGCACCGUCGGGGAUGGACAUGAGACUGUCACAGGCCGACACGGUGGACCCAGAUGAGCUCGACGAGGAGUUUGACUCUCUCCCGAGCAUGAAGCCUCACGAGGUUAUAAGGGCGAGGUACGACCGGCUGAGGAUACUCGCGGGAAGAGUGCAGACAGUGAUGGGGGAUUUCGCGGCGCAGGGGGAGAGGGUGCAGGCGUUGGUGAGCUGGAGGGAUCCGAGGGCGACGAGGCUCUUCAUCGGGGUUUGCUUGCCUCUCGGCUUUUAUUUUCUCCGGCACCCGAUGUUCAGAGAUCCGAUGCCGUCGGCGAAUCUGAACUUUUUCAGGAGGCUGCCGAGUUUGUCAGAUAGAUUGCUGUAGAGAUUUGAGUUUGGGUUUAUGAUUCGGAGUAUAUAUAGGACUGAAUUAGUAAUAAGAUUUUAUAGAAAUUGGAGAAAUGAGAUAAAUUCAUUCGAAUAAAUGGAAGAUGGUUAAUGGAAAUUGUAUCAUUAUA